AUGCGGGAGGAUCUGGGAGACUCACCAUGUUUCAAAUGGAUUCGUCUCGUUGCUUGGGACUUGGCAAAUCGUCGAAUUAGUUCCCUUCGCUGUUAUUGGAUUACUUGGAGGAGCGCUUGGCACAUUUUUCAUCAAGCUCAAUGUGAAAUGGAUGAUGAAGAAGCGACAGUAUUCGAUUCUCUUGCAAGUCACCCAAUCUACGAAGUCGCUCUUGUGACAUUGGGAACGUGUUUUAUCAAUUAUCCAUUACCGAUGUUAAGAACGCCAAGUUCGUUUUUAUUGGAACAAUUGUUUGGUCGUUGUGGCGUCUCAUCAGAUCCGGAUGUAUUUUCAUUGUGCUCUUUAAGAAGUGAUGAUGAAUCGUCUUAUUCUGAUUAUUCGCUUAAAUGGACGGUUUUGCUAGAGUUAGGAUUCGCUGCGGUUGUCCGCUUUUUCCAGACUGUGCUCACAUUCGGAAUUGGAGUGCCAGCUGGAUUGUUUGUUCCGUCACUAAUGGUUGGAGCCCUUAUCGGACGUUUUGUUGGUCUCGUCAUGAUCAAACUUAACUCUGUAUUCGGUUUUGUUUCCUGCCAUAAAUGCCUCCACCCAGGAGUUUACGCUAUAGUGGGCGCAGCUGCAAUGUUGGGUGGUGUAACACGAGUCACAAUUUCUAUUGUUGUUAUCAUGUUCGAAUUGACGGGCGGUUUAUCUUAUGUCGUUCCAUUCAUGGUUGCUGUCAUGAUUGCAAAAUGGGUUGGUGAAGCUCUAUGCGAUAAGUCUAUCUAUGACUGUUAUAUCCGAUUGAAAGGUUAUCCCUAUUUAGAUGAUCACCUUGAUGUAUCCUUACAAGGGAUAUCCGCUCGUCAACACACGGCAGGAUAG